UAACAAAUUUAAUUCGAUAAUUUAAUUCUUUAUUUUCUUUAUUAUUAUAAACUCGGGUUAUCGUUAAAAGUUCGCAAAUAAACACAAUACGAAGUGAACAAAAAUAAAUUAAUAAUAAAUAUGAAUAUAAAAGAGAAUUUUAAAGCCAAUGAUGCUUUGAUAGAAAAUCUCGAGUUUUCGCAUCGAAUGAUACGCGUGUGAGCUAAUCUCUGAUAGAAAUCGGAUGCGCAAGUGGCCUGAUUCUUCAGUAUCCCCCAAACACACAUGGGAUUUUAUAGUCGCGUCUGUUAUCUCGAAACGAACUGAACGCUUUAAUUGAAUCCGCUUGAUACGACACCGAUGAUUUCUGCCAUCGUACGAUACACCAUACCAGGGGAAAUAUAGGAGAAUAACAAAUAGGAGAAAUAAAAUCCGCGUUUGUUAUAUGCGACUCUAAGCAAUAAAGAAACGCACGAGCAUAGAAAAAAAAAAAAAGACGACGAUAUCUUAUCUACGCGCAGCACAGUGUUUUCGUCAUAGCUAUUCGUUUAUCUUCACUGCGAGCGCGACAUUUCUCAUAUUCUCACUUCUCAUCGUGAGAUCACGACGAAACUACAGGAUUUCUCGGAGAAACCGCGAUCUUGGCAAAGCCAGGAAAAACAGACCCGAGGUAUGGCAGAUUUACCCACCUGGCGACGAUGCGCCGUUCACAAGAAGCCACCGGAAGAGAUACUGCGACCGGUGUCUCUGCCCGAGAAACUCUUAACUGGUCCCGGUCCCAGCAACUGCUCGGAUCGGGUCCUCCGUUCUCUCGGGCAGCAAGUGCUCGGUCACCUUCAUCCGGAGAUAUGCCAGUUGAUGGACGACAUAAAAGCGGGAUUGCGAUAUGCGUUUCAAACCAGGAACAGACUUAUCCUGGCCCUAAGCACAUCCGGUCAUGGCGGUAUGGAGGCCUGCUUGGAUAAUUUACUCGAGCCGGGCGAGACUGUGCUGAUCGCUAAAUGCGGCAUUUGGGGGGAACGUGCGGCCGACAUGGCCAGUCGCAUUGGCGCAAAUGUAAAAUUUCUGGAGACGCCGUACGGCGUGCCGUUCGAUUUAAUCGACCUAAAGAAGGUUCUCCAGGAACACCGGCCAGCGGUGGUGUUUGUGACGCACGCGGAAUCGUCGACGGGUAUGAAGCAACCCCUGAGGGGUGUCGGCGACUUAAUUCGCAAAUAUGGAGCACUGUUGAUCGUCGACACGGUGGCGUCCUUAGGUGGAGAGCCGUUCUACAUGGACGCCUGGAAGGUGGACGCGACGUACACCGGCAGUCAGAAGGUUCUCGGCGCGCCACCAGGAUUGACGCCCGUCUCUUUUGGUCCGCGCGCGGAGAAAAAGAUAUUCCGGAGGACGUCGCGACCGGCCUACUAUUGGGACAUGAGGAUCCUCGGGGAUUAUUGGAAUUGUUUCGGGGCAUCAAGGAGGGUGUAUCAUCACACGAUAAGCGCCACAUUGGUAUACGGCUUGAGGGCGGCUCUGGCGCAGCUCGCGGAGGAAGGACUUCCCGCCUCCUGGGCGAGACACGCGACGGCGGCCGCCAGAUUUAGGGGUGGCCUUCGAGAUCUCGGAUUACGAUGUUACGUCGAGGAUCCGCGGUACCAAUUGUCGACCGUAAUCCACAGGAUUGAAAUCAGCGGUGGUCUAGGACCAACAGUUGGCAAGAUUUUACGCAUCGGUUUGAUGGGAGUCAACGCGCGAACUUACAUCGUCGAUCGCGUACUUUCUGUCCUCGACGGUGAACUGCAACACGCGCUGAAAGCGAAGAUAUGAGAUCACGAGCGUGAAUUCACGCUUUCACGUUUUGAUAAUUACAUCAAAUGUGUUAAAUGUGGAUAAAAUUACGUCGUGUGAUUUCAAGGAUUGCAAGGCUGCUCUACUUAUUCAAUAGCAAUAAUAAUAAUAAUAAUAAUAAUAAUAAUAAUAAUAAUAAUCGAUAUUUAAUUAAUAAAUCGUUUUGGCACAGUACAGAAUAA